UAGACAUGUCACAUUGUGGCUAACCUAGCUCUGCAUUUUCCAAAAAAAUGCAUCGGUUUGCACGUGUUUCUUUUCGGGUUGUAUGCAGUGGGACAUAACAAGCUUGUGCUGCAUCACAUAGCGAACCAAAUGUUUUAUAUUUCCAAGGGAGUGUAAGCUAAUGGUCAGUAUGUGAACCCCAAUGUCGCUAUCCCAUGGAAAAGGCUACUCGGUCGGCGGACAAUGAUGGUGGCUGAGCUUUCUACACCGUGAUCGUCGUUCUGCAACGGAAUAAAAUAGUUCAGAUUGUGAAGUCCUGGGUUGUUUGAUUACUGCAUCUUUAGAAGUCAAGGGUCCAAAGAGAACAUGGAUCACAUACACAACAACAUGUCUGUCACGUAUGUGACCACAAAAAAGAAGAUCCCCAGGCCACAAUUAAAGCCCAAUGCACAAGUUCCCAAGACAUUGGACAGGGACUUCGAAUCAGGGGGGAUUGGACCAUCCAAGAUUGAGGCAUGUUCUCAGAAGACUCAAAACAUAAAGAGGACAUACGCAAGAAAAAAGUACCAUGACCUGCAGCCUGUCUUCAUGAGUCCUCCAGGGGAUCCGACGAGUGAGUCGGCGGCGUCCUGCUCGGUCAUUGCCUCCAGCCUUAUCAAUGGGGCAGAGGAGCCCCAUAUGAGCCACCUGGGGCACCUAGGCCACAUGGGGCACAUGGCCUACCGGAUGCAGGCCAGAGAGCCGUGCUGCCACGUCAUGGAUGGCUUGAGGGCGACUGGUUCUCGUGUAGGUGGUGGCAUGAAGAGGAAGCAACCCGUAGAGGAGCCGUGCCGGUCCCCAGUCACAAGCCUCCCAGGUGUUAUACGAGAGUCAGUUCUUGUGGUGGAGCGUACAGACAGCAGUCAUCUGAUGCUGCCAUCUGAGGAGCCAAAGCCGAAGAUCUUCACCACAAAGAAGGAACCGCCGACUUAUCCACCAGGGAGUCAGGAAGAGAGGUGGCAGUUGCAGAUCUUGGGGAAGGGAAGAGUCACGUGUCCCAAGUGCAAAUCGGUUGGAAGGAAGACAGUCGAGGGUCUAAAGAAGCACAUGGAAUCGUGCAAUAUGCACCCCUUUACAUGUCCGCACUGUGGAAAACAGCUGAAAUCCUCAACGGGGAUGAAGUACCACCUCAUGGCUGACCACAACAACCUGCCUUUGCUGCAGGAAAGCAGUGGGAUGGACGACCAGGCGCUAAAAGAGAAGCUCAGGAAGAUUCUGAAAAGAAUGGGCAAACUGAAAUGCUCCAAAGAGGGAUGCAGUGGCAGCUUCACCAGCAUCAUGGGCUACCUGUAUCACACCAAGAAGUGCGGCAAGGAGGAGUCUGAGCUGGAGAAACUGCUGCUGAACUGCCAGCACUGUGGGAAGCCGUACCGCUCGAGGGCAGGCCUGGAGUAUCACCUGAAAUCUGAACAUGCCCCAGUCGUGACCUGUCCACAGACGCCCCAGAAGGCGGACGAGGAUGAGUCGAAGGCCCAGCAGGAGCCCAGUCCAGAGAGGACGCCCAGCGGCCGUGUGAAGCGCAUGUCUGCCCAGGUGGCCGUCUACCACCUGCAGGAGAUAGCCAAUGACGAGCUCAGUAAGGAGUGGCCCAAGAGGAAGGUGCAGCGGGACCUGGUCCCAGACGAUAAGAAGCUCAAAUAUGCUCGUCCUGGAUUGCCAGCUUUCAGUCAGGAGGUUCUGCGCAAGUGGAAGAAUGAAGUCAAACUGCAAAGAAAAGUGCAGUGCCCAAACCAGGGCUGUGGUGCAGUUUACACCAGUGUGUCUGGGUUGAAAGCCCACCUGGGUCUCUGUACAAUGGGAGAGUUUGAAGCUGGCAAAUACAAAUGCCUGAUAUGCCGUAAAGAGUUCAACUCUGAAAGUGGGGUGAAGUAUCACAUCAACUCUGUCCACUCUCAGGAGUGGUUUGUGGUGAGCAAAAAAGCCUCCAAGAACUUUGAGAAGCUGCUGAAGACGAAGCCCAGGGUAGUCGUGCCGGAGCCGACUAUCGAGCAGAACCCGGGCCUCCGCUUCACGCCGGGCCUCAACACCUGGCAGGAGAUGGGUCCACCGGUCGCGGCCGCCCCCUCCACCGUCAUCAUGGCCAACCCUGGGGCCGCGGAGGCCGAGGGCAAGAGGAAGGAGCAGGGCGAGAAUGACGAGGAGAAGGAAAGGGAGCGGGCUCGGGAGCAGGGGGGUCGGGAGAAGGACUGCUACGACUUUGACGGCAGCAACAGCAGCAGCAGCAGCGGCGGCAGCUCUAGCAGCGAGUCGGAGGCUGAGGACGUGGCCAUGCAGACGGAGCAGGACACGUGGGCCCUGAAGAGGCCGCCUGUCACCGACGCCCACCACACCGUCCCUCCCCCACUUCCUGCCAAGCAGACCAGGGGUAACCCCUAACUGGCACUCCUGCCCUCCGUCUGUUUGUGGUCCAACCCAGCAUCAUUGGGUUCUCAGACGUUGUCCUUUCAUGUGAAUCAUGAGUGCAACUUUAAUGUACUACAAGUAGUACAGCAACAGUCAGUUUUAACCAACCAAGAGUAACUGUGUUUACUUUUGACACAUUGACAUCCGUGUGCCGGUGUUUUUUUUUUUGUCUGUUGACUUCAAUACAGAACAUCGAACGUGAAGUGGAAUGUGGGGGGGAGUUUGACGAACUGGUACAUUGAUGCCCAAAUUACUUCUGCUCAAUAUGUGUUUAACCAGCUGCAUGUGUGAUGUGGUCUUGUACAGAAUGCUCUUUCCAGAACCCAUUGAAUGGUAGUGAUGACCAUUGCUGCUGUAUAGAAAAAAAAGGGAAAGAUGGUGUUGUUUUUGUAUAGAUAACAUUAUCAACGCUAAUCAUCAAUUUCUGCAUACGAGAGCAGUAGUUAAAUUGGCAGGUGGCUCUGGGUGUGCAUUUUGUGGAGAAAUUAAGUUUGAGAGAUUAAUUCAUGAUGAAGAGAAGUGGCGAGAGUAUUGCAUGGGUUACUUCUUGUCUGACUGCCACGGUGUAUGACAAUAUUGCAAUACUGUCGCACAGUCAUGAAACUUUUUUUCAACUUGUUAUAUAUAAUGUUUUUAAACACCAAGGACCAAAAUAAGUCUUUAGACAUUGCUGAACAUUAGUAAGUUCAGUUCAUGCCAUAUGACCGUGUUAUCCUGCAAAUGAUGAAAGGAAUGCAUGCAUUAUUGUGCAGAGAAAGGAAAUCAUCCCACUGUGCUUUGUAAAUCUGUUCCCCAAUAUGCCUUGUUUCGUCUGCAAAGUAACACUAGAAGACAAUUGCAUUGACGUUUACGUACAGUUUUUCUUAGGUUGUUGUCAGCUUAACACCGUAACCUCAUGGUAUAUGUCAGUAGCCUACAGGUGGUUUUGGGAGUAAUUUCCAUGCCCUGUAACAAGCUGUAUUUAUAAUGAAAGUAUAUUGUUAGGUUAGUUAACUUGUAUACUACUUGUGUUUUUUUUUUUUAUUUACUUAGAACACAUGUACCCUUUUGCAGCAACUUAAGGAAAUGUACUUUCGACAUGUGUGAUUAAAAGGUUGUGUACUGUUAA